AUGAGUAACUGGGAAUUUUCAGUGAGUGCUGUUUUAAAAGCUAGAAGAAUCCAUUUGAGAUGGAAUGUGGUGUCUUUGAUUGUAAAGCAUGGAUUUUUGGAGCUUUCUGGAAAAACACUGCUUGAAUGGUACCUUAAUUUACCAUUUGAAGACAGAAAGAUUAUACAAGACGAAGGAGGACUUCUGCAGUUUUUGAAGAAACACUCACAUUUGCAAGUGGAUAAAGAUAUUGUUUAUGUGAAAAAUUCCAACUGGAUGUAUGCAAACCAAAAUAUGCCACAAGAAAUGCAUGAGGAUCCAAGCAAAGCUUGUCACAAGAAGAUGGAUGUGGAUGUUGGAGCAAAACAUACUGGCUUCGAUCUACCAAAAGAGAAAUCUUCACAUCUAUCAAGUAGUGCUGGUUAGUAUUUGCUUUUUGUU